UCAAGUUUGUAGUAAUUUCUUCAUUAGAAUAUAUUCAAUAUUUGUAUAUACAUAAUAUAUUAUACAUACAGGGCCAGAUUGGUCUGGCGAGCUACUGAGUAAAACUGUGGGCCGGUUUUGAGUGGUUGUAUUUUUUUUUUUUUGAUAAAUUGGUACAAACAUUUGUAGAAAGUAUAAUUGAUUUGAAUUAUUUAAAUUAUAGUUAUUACAGUAAAUGUAAAAAUUCUAAAAUUGGUAGGCCAAUAUCUUGCCAUUCCAGCACUGCGUAAAAUAUUUUUCAAUAUAUACCUAGAUAAAUGAAAUAUGAUAAUGGUUAUUAGUAUUCAUGUCAAUUGUCAAUACAACAAUUAAAACGCUUCUAGCCACAGACUUGUAAAAAUAAUAUAAAUCCGUGUUUGUAACCUAUGUGUAAUGCGUAAGUUAGGUAUUCUUUUUGCAUAGAUGCUAAUAUUUUUAUAAUUAUGAUUUGAUAAUCAUUGUCUACAAAAACAACAAAUAUUUUACAAUCUAUGGAAUUGUUUACUGCAUAAUUAUUUUUAUAAAAUUGAAGUUAUAAAGUAAAAAGAUAAUUUUUGUAACAAUUUAUGAAGUAAAGAUGUCAGCUUACAGAAGUGUUGUUUCAUUAACAGAUCUUAUACCUUUUGUUUCUCAACUCAAAGAGAUGUUUUUUAAUUGGUUGACUUUGGAUAAUUGUAAUCGUGAACGUCUUAAGUUCAUAGUUGAAAAUAACAAAAAUACAGAAAUUAAAACAAUGGUAUUAGCCCUAGAACAAUGGGAUCAUUUUCAAAACUAUGGAGCUCCUGGUGUGGAAAUGGAGUUUGUCAGUUGUGACAAUACUAUCUUACGCGAAGUUGUAGAAUCCAGUAUUGUAUUAAAUGGAAUUAUACUUGAUAUGGAGUGUCAAAAAUAUUGA